CUGAAUGCUGCGUGAGGGACCGAGGGGAAGGGCUGGGAGAAGGCUCUUGUAUACCAACAGGAUGUCACGGUAGGUUACACUUGGGACACAGAAGGAGAGAGGAAGACAAACUACGAGGAUAGAAGCUGGACCUCAGAGGAAUUCACAGAUAACCGUGCAGCUUUGAAUGACCUCACCUGGCUUGCCGUAUAGUUCGUACCACACAUGUAGCUAAAACGCAUACAUGUGCAGCACCACAGUGUUGACUGGAUCUGAUGAUGCAGAGCUGAAUUAUUGAGGCAAAAAGCAGCACAGCCGGUGAAGACAAUAUCUCUUCUGUGUGUCUCUGCUGGACAGCUCUGCUCUGCCUCCGGCUCCACAUUUGACAUCGACCCUGUUUAUCCGUCUGGAGCAACAAGCCAGCAGCGGGACUAUCUGUCAUGUCGUCUCUCACAUGAUGCUGCUGACACUGACAGAGGUAAUGCCGAUGAUGAUGAUGAUGAUGAUGAUGAUGACGACUUCUGAAACUGGCCAGUCACAUAUCUGACAGUCCUGCCACACACAUACAGAAAUUGUCCGGUCAUUAAAGCAGGAGCAGAACCAAAAGCUCAGGACGAGCUCACCAUCUGGACACCUGUAACCAUGCCACUGUAGGCCUCCUGUUGGGGUGGCGAAGAGCUUAACAAAUAGGCUGCUGUGGUUUGCCCUCCAGAGGAGAGCGUUAAACAGUUCGAGCAUCUGUCCAAGUGAGCCAAUCAUGGCCAGCAUGGCGGUUCAGCUGCUUGGCUUCUUCUUAGGACUGUUGGGCUUUACAGGAACAGUAGUUGCCACCGUGCUCCCCCACUGGCGCAGCACGGCCUACGUGGGCUCCAACAUCAUCACAGCCACCACCCAAAUGAAAGGCCUGUGGAUGGAGUGUGUCUGGCACAGCACUGGCAUUUACCAGUGUGAGCUGUACAGAUCUCUACUGGCCCUGCCACGUGACCUGCAGGCUGCCCGGGCGCUCAUGGUGCUCUCCUGUGUCACCUCAGUCCUGGCAUCUGUGGUCUCUGUGAUGGGGAUGAAAUGCACUCGCUUUGCCCGUGACUCGCUAAUUAAGUCCCCCCUGGUGCUGAGCGGGGGGAUUUGUUUUCUCUGCGCUGGGCUCCUCUGCCUCAUCACCGUGUCCUGGACCACCAACGACGUCAUCGUGGAGUUCUAUGACCCUUUCCUUCCCAGUGGGUUGAAGUACGAGAUCGGCCUGGCCGUGUACCUCGGUUACGCCUCGGCCUGCCUCAGUCUGGCCGGAGGCCUGGUGCUGUGCUGGAGCAGCAGUGCUGACAGGUCACGGAGCCCCCUGCUUAUGCAGAGGAGUCAACCAUCGUCACCUCCCCCUCCCUUCAACAACAUAUAUCCUCCUGCCCCACUCUACAAGCCGCCAGAGGCCCUGAAGGGCAAUCAUGCUCCCUCACUUUGCUCCCUUUCCAGCAAUGGCUAUCGGCUCAAUAACUAUGUCUAAGAGUGGGGGAGACACUAACACAAUAACUGUGCGUGUACAAAUGAAAAAGAUGCUGCAUGGACCAGAGCAGCAAGUUGAACAAUUUGCCAAAGUAUUUUAUAUAAUCUUAGCUUUGUGGGUAUUUUUAUCCCCUGCAUACCCAUAAUAUAGGCUUAAAAUGGUAAAGGACAGACCAGUACAUUGUCUUAACAUAUUUUACCAAAACACCAGAUGACGCAUUUGAAAGGAUAUUUGACACACUGCUCAGACUUUCCUCUAAUUCUAACUGAACCUGUGUGAGAGAGAGAGAAACCUGUCGCCCUGCUGCUAUGCACCUGAAGGACCAGAGGGUGGCAAUAUUUUACAGGAAAUACUCACAGAAAGACUUCAUAAAUCAAGUCCAUGUUCUAUGUUGUGACACUCAUAUUAAUGGAUAAGCAGUAGUUGUGCCACUUCCGUGUUGUAGCCUAAUUUGUGGUUGGGUUUGACUUUUUUGAGAGACUAUAAAAUACUUUAGUAACUUUUAAACUAACAGAUCAUUUUUAAUUUCAUUAUUCAGUGUCUGUAAAUCAUUUUCAUGCCAAAGAAAAUAAACAGUUAUACAAUAA